UCAUUUUCUGGGUGUUGAUAGGCAUCCUCCGACCAAUUCUAUCGUAUUUUAUGCUAUACAAUUACUACUCAGAACACUAGCAGGUUUCAUGGCGGAAGUGAUCUCAAUCAUGGACAUUGACGAUGACCGCAAUGGCGUUAGCGCCAAUUCGAAGCUGAACAAGGGGAAAAACAUCGUUUUAGUCGACUCCAAAGCCACGCCUUGGGUUGAAAAGUAUCGUCCCCAGUCUCUUUCCGACGUCGCCGCCCAUCAGGACAUCGUCGAAACCAUUGACAGGCUUGCGAGUGGAAACAGACUGCCGCAUCUGCUGCUGUAUGGGCCUCCCGGAACUGGGAAGACCUCCACAAUUCUUGCCCUGGCUCGGAAGCUUUAUGGAGAACAGAUGCACAAUAUGGUUUUAGAGUUGAAUGCUUCCGAUGAUCGUGGGAUAGAUGUUGUCAGGCAGCAGAUUCAGGACUUUGCCAGUACUCAGAGCAUCUCAUUUGGUGCAAAGUUUUCUGUGAAGUUAGUGCUGUUGGAUGAGUCAGAUGCCAUGACAAAGGAUGCACAGUUUGCUCUGCGUCGAGUGAUUGAGAAGUAUACAAAAAAUACUAGGUUUGCACUGAUUUGUAACAAUGUCAACAAGGUGAUCCCUGCUCUACAAUCACGGUGUACACGCUUCCGGUUUGCACCUCUUGAUGAUGUUCAUGUAAUUGAGAGGCUUAAACAUGUUAUUGAGUCGGAAAGACUUGAUGUACCAGAGUGUGGCUUGAAGGCACUUGUGCAGCUUAGCAAUGGUGAUAUGAGAAAGGCUUUAAACAUUUUGCAGUCGACACACAUGGCUUCCCAGCAGAUAACAGAACAGGCUGUAUAUUUGUGCACUGGGCAUCCGUUGCCGAAAGACAUAGAGCAAAUCACAAAUUGGCUUCUAAAUGAGCCCUUUACUGACAGUUUCAAACGGAUAUUGGAAAAUAAAACACGGAAAGGAUUGGCUUUAGUAGAUAUCGUGCGAGAAGUAACCAUGUUUGUUUUCAACAUCAAGAUGCCAUCAGAUGUGCGGAUUCAGCUGAUCAAUGAGAUGGCUGAUAUUGAAUAUAGGUUGAGCUUUGGCUGCAACGACAAGUUGCAGCUUGGGUCAUUGAUUGCUGCUUUUACAAAGGCAAGGUCUACACUGGUUGCUGCUGCCAAUUAGUCACGCCCGUUGGGUGUAACAGCCUAUUUGGUAUGUGCCAAGCUUAAGAACUAACUGAAAGCCUAUCAGAUGGAGUCAUAGUUUCUAUGGUCUGCAGUUGGUUCUAUCGACGAGUAGCGUUGAUGUUUUGGGAAAGCUAGCCCGGGUGAUGUAGUGUAAGCUUUGUACUAACUCAUGCUUAAUGGUAAUUUACUUGAAGGAUAGUGUUUUAGCUUGUACGGAGUCCUUAAUGUUUGGAAGUCAAAGAAAAUACUCCUUCCGUCCCAAAAUCCAGCUCACAUUUUGAUUGCCCGAAGAUUGAAAAUUGUAAAAAGUGUGGUUAGAAUUUGUUUGAAAUAGAGAAGUGUUCCGAGCCACAUAUUCUCUUUAAAGAAUGAAGACUAUUUUUUGACGGACGAAAAAGAAAGCAUGAAUUUGGUU